AUGGCCGAGAUACGUCCAAUCAGCGCCGAGUUGCGCCAAGUAGCCGAAACGGAGCUAAACGAGGUGCCAGCCCGUUUGCCCGAUGAUCUGCAGGCUCUCAGAGAUUGGCUGGCCAAGCAGCCACAUCUUAAGGCACGACAGGAUGCUCAAUUCCUGGUCGCCUUCUUGCGUGGCUGCAAAUACAGCAUAGAGAAGGCCAAGUCCAAGCUGGACUACUUCUAUACGCUGAAGACCAUGAUGCCGGAGGUGUUUGCCAACCGUGAAAUGGACGAGAAAAGCAUUGCGAUGUGUCGAGCAGGCACAUAUGUGCGUCUGCCCAUGCCCAAUGGCUGCGCCGGACCACGCAUACAUUUGACGGACUACUCGAAUUUCGAUUCGAAUGGGUUUAAGAUGAUCGAUCUCUUUCGAUAUCAGACAACGCUGAUGGAGCGCAUGAUACGGGAGGAUGACAAUGCCGUUAUUAGUGGCACCAUUGAGAUAAUCGACAUGUCCAAGAUGAGUCUCAGCUUCGUUGCCCAAAUGGACUUCUCGCUCAUCAAGAAGAUGGGCGUGUUUGCCGACAAGGGAACGCCCAUCCGCCUGAAGGGCGUCCAUUUGGUCAACUGCCCCAAGGAGGCAGUCGCCGUGCUCAAUCUGGGCAGAAGCCUUAUGCCCGCCAAGCUACAGAGUCGAUUCCAUGUGCAUAGGAAUAUGGAGGAACUCUCUGAGAUAAUACCACGUGAAUAUAUGCCGGAGGAGUAUGGAGGCAGCAAUGGGCGCAUUGCCGACAUCGUGGCGCAGAUGGAGCAGCAGAUGCUUGGCUAUAGCGAUUACCUCAAAGAGGAGAGCAACUAUGGCGUUGACGAACAGCUGCGACCGGGAAAGCGCCUGACAGCCGACUCGCUCUUUGGGAUUGAGGGCUCCUUCCGCAAACUGGACAUCGAUUAGAUUAGCUCACAUUGAACUGAAAUUGAAAUUUGAGGGAAUAACCCAGAAAUUGUCGUAACUUUAAAUUUAAUUAAAAGCCAAUGAAACUAA